UUCUUUUCUCUUCAGUGACAGCCAGAAUGUCAGCCCUGGAGGUACAUACUCCCAAGGAAAUCUUCGUGGUGAAUGGGACACAAGGGAAGCUGACGUGCACAUUCGAUUCUCCUAAUACAACUGGAUGGUUGACCACAGUCUCCUGGAGCUUCCAGCCAGACGGCACCGACAGUGCAGUGUCGUUUUUCCACUACUCACAAGGACAAGUAUACAUUGGGGACUAUCCACCAUUUAAAGACCGAGUCACCUGGGCUGGGGACCUUGACAAGAAAGAUGCAUCAAUCAAUAUAGAAAAUAUUCAGGCUGUUCACAAUGGCACCUAUAUCUGUGAUGUCAAAAAUCCUCCUGAUAUUGUUGUCCGGCCCGGACACAUUAGGCUCCACGUGGUGGAAAUAGACAAUUUGUUGGUGUUCCUGGUUUGGGUGGUGGUGGGCACCGUUACUGCCGUGGUCCUUGGCCUCACUCUGCUCAUCAGCCUGGUUCUGGUUGUGCUCUACAGGAGGAAACACUCGAAACGGGAUUACACUGGCUGCAGUACAUCAGAGCGUUUGUCACCAGUUAAGCAGGCUCCACGGAAGUACCCCUCCAACACAGAGGGCCUAGUAAAGAGUCCGCCUUCCACCGGAUCUCAUCAGGCCGCUGCUCCCGAGAGUCCUGAGAGCACCUCCGUGUAACACGAAAAA